AUGGACUCUUACGGUGGAGGACAAGCACGCGGAUGCUACAACUGUGGUGAUGCUUCUCACCAGGCCAGAGACUGCCCAACCAGAGGCCCUGCCAAGUGCUACAACUGCGGUGGCGAGGGACACAUGAGCCGUGAAUGCCCUGAGGGACCAAAGGACAAGACCUGUUACAAGUGCGGUCAACCUGGUCACAUCUCCCGCGAUUGCACCAACCCAGCUUCUGAGGGAGCUGGACGUGGUGGUGGUGGUGGUGGUGGGUUUGGUGGACAAGGUGGUGGCAACCAGGAAUGCUACAAGUGUUCCAAGAUCGGCCACAUUGCAAGAAACUGCCCUGAGGCUGGUGGCUACGGAGGUGGCGGUGGUGGAUAUGGAGGUCAACAAGGUGGUGGUUACGGAGGUGGUCAAGGUGGCUUUGGCGGUCGUCAAGGUGGACAGACCUGCUACUCCUGUGGCGGCUAUGGCCAUAUGUCAAGAGACUGCACUCAGGGACAAAAAUGCUACAACUGUGGCGAGGUGAUUGCCCAUCAGAGACUAGCAGCGAGCGCACUUGCUACAAGUGCAAGCAGCCUGGUCACGUUCAGGCUCAAUGCCCAAACUAAAAUCGCUCUCUUACCAUACAACAAACGAAGUGCCAAGCCUUACACCUCGCUAUAUCGAGAUUUGACUUUCUACACUUCCGAGAAGAUGCUAUGCGAAUGA